ACAACCCAUUCAACAAAAGCAAUUCGUACAGUACUUUAUAAUCAGAUACCCAUCAAUAAUCAAUCGAAAUCCAAAAUAUAAUUAACCAUGGCAUCUACAACCACCGAGUCUCCCGCCGUCACCCCUAAAUACCCCAUCAUCGACUCCCACAUCCACAUCUACCCCGCAUCUGAGGUGAACACACUCGCCUGGUUCGAUCCCAACCUUCCCCUAUCCACAAACCAGCACUCCCUCGAAGAAUACACCGCCGCCACCACCUCUCCCCCGGAACUCGAGGGAUUCGUCUUCCUCGAGACAGACCGCGAGCAUGACCUCGACUCCGGCGAGGCUGACGGCAGCGGCUGGGCGGGGCCUUUGAUGGAGGUCGACUGGAUCCGGCGCGUUGCCGUUGGUGAGCCCAAGGAGGGCGAGGGCCACGAUGAAAGCCAUGCCAAAUUAGUGCAGGGGUUUGUGCCGUGGGCGCCGCUGCCGAGCGGAGCGGCGGUGGUGGAGCGGUAUAUAGAGAAGGCGCGGGAGGUGGCGGGGGAGGAGGCGGGAAAGAGGAUCUCUGGGUUCCGGUAUUUGGUGCAGAGUAAGCCGCCGGGAACGAUGCUGGGGGAGGGCUUUAUUGAGGGCUUGAAGCUGUUGGGGAGGGAGAAGCUGACGUUUGAUUUGGGGGUUGAUCAGCACAAUGGGGGGGAUUGGCAGUUGGAGGAAGCGGUGGAGAUGGUGAAAUUGGCUCAUGAGGGUGUUGAGGAUGGAGAGAAAGUUAGGAUUGUGAUAAACCACCUCUGCAAGCCCGACUUUUCCUUUUACGCUCUCCCACCCGACGAACUCCACGCGAACCCCCGCUUCCAGAAGUGGCGCGAGGCGAUGUUCAAGCUAUCCCAAGCCAAGAACACCUACAUGAAGCUCAGCGGGUGCCUAUCCGAGCUGCCGGACUCCCUGAAAACCGAAUCCGCAAACCACAUCUUCGCCGCCAUCCUGCCCUGGCUGUCUGUCAUCCUCGCGGCGUUCCGCGGGAGGCUGAUGUUCGGAAGCGACUGGCCGGUCUGCACGGUGGGCGUUGGCGAAGAUGCGUGGAAGAAGUGGAGGGCGGUGGUGGAGAGGAUGUGCGAGAUGGGAGGCUUGGGUAUGGAGGAGCAGAUUAUGCUUUGGAGCGGGACGGCGAUCGUUGCUUAUGGGCUUAACCCAUCGACGUGAAGUAUCUGAAAGGCGGUGCUGGUUGCCAGCCUCGCACGGACUGUAGCUAGUUAUGUGAUAUUAAAGUUUUCCCUGGACGAAUCGUUCCUUUAUCACAAACAAAAAAGAACGGUUUCCAGCG